AAUGCUGAAUAAUAAAACUGGAAUAAUUAAAGCGAGUGGGGUUUUUUUGGGCCGCCCGGUACCCGCCGGCUUAUCGCGGCCAAUCCAGUGUCCCGUUAAUCGGCGAUCGCCGAUCACCGUUGCUCCUCUCAUUCGCCCAUCUUGGCCGACUAUUCGACGCAAAUCGUUCGCGAUGCACGCCACGCUCGCCCUGAUCGCCCUCGUGUGUGUGCUGGCCGCCCCCGUGACGUCCAGGGCGCGYCGCCCCAAGGAGACGCAGCCGCUGGUCGACCAGCGGCAGGAGGGCGGCUGGAACGUGCGCGCCGACCUCAAGAACUUCGUGGUGGUGAUCGUGCCCAGGGCGGGCGCGCCCCACAGCGGCCUGCUGGAGCUGCUGACGCGCGGCCUGCGCCCGCCCCCGCAGGCGCACUUCAUCCAGUCGAAGGCGGCGCCCUACCAGGUGGACAUCAGCAAGGCGGGCGCCGCGCACCUGCGCAAGGACGAGAUCCUGGCGACGCAGAGCCCGCAGGAGGCCGCCCCCGGGCGGCGGCUGCGCGCCGCCAAGGCCUUCGUGCUCACCGUGCCCGACCAGGAGUUCGACGUCACGCCAAAGGGCGGCGAAGGGAUGAGCCUGCUGGGGGCGGCCGAGCAGUGCGGCCCCGACAUGAGGCGCGACGCCCUCGGCGUCUGCCGCCCCGUCUAACUGUAGUUGCACAAUAAAGCGAAUAAAAACAACAAA